CUAGCUAAACAGAUGUGCCAUAUAUAUAUUGUUAGGAUGUCCCUGGAAGGGGACAGCCCUCUCGCCAGUGCUCCGGAAGAAACCAAAGGGCAACCAAUCACCAAGCGCCAGCACAAUCCAACGGAAAGCCCUGAACGGCUCUCCAGAAGGAACUGAAGGUCAACCAAUUACCCAGCAACAGCAAAACAUGGCACGAGAGAAAGACCCACCCGAGCCUAAACCCGGAACUGCUACAGCUUAAAAACCCUACUCCACCAUACCCGGGGGCGACUUCCCUAACUCCCUCCUUGAGUCACAGAACCUCGCCUGGAACCUUAGUUCCCAAUAAUGCCUUAAACUGCAAAAAUCCUUUUUGACUCUAACUCCUAUCUUUACCCCACACAACGCCUGACACUAACAUUUGGUGCUGAAACCCGGGAGGAGGUGGUAGCUCGCCUCCCUCGGCUGAACUCCCCCCUCCUCACCAAGCCAGAUGCCAACCACCCUACUCUCAGGAGCCUACAGGAGCCAGUAAGUAGGACAGACCCCUCCUUCCCCCCUUCCAACUAUGGCUGACACCCAUGAGAGAUGUCUCGCAAGUCAGUCUCCUCUCCUCCACACGCUGUAAGGCCUGAUGCCAAAAGGCCCUUUAUCACAACGCGAGGGACACCUCGCCUUGCCACGCCAAUGGGGAGUAACGAGUCUAAACCGCCUCGAUCUCUUACCCCCCUCCAAUAUCUGUUAAGGAACUUCUGGCUUCUAGACUUACAAGGCGAACUUCAUCGUAAGGGACUCAUCCACCUUUGCACUGUAGUCUGGUCUCAGUACAAAUUAAUGAUUCUCAAUGGCCACCUGAGGGGUCUUUACAAUACCAAAUCUUAACCGAUCGGGACAAUGUCUGCCAUCGGCUGGGAAAAUGGGGAGAAAUACGCUAUGUUAUGGCCUUUUGCAACCUCAGGUCUUGCCCCCACCUAUGUUCCUCCUGCCCCUCUGCAUGUGUGCUCCUUGCCUGCCCACAACCCCCUAACGACCCCACCUCACCAACUUCCCCGAUAUCCGACCCGUUAGAGGAUCUAGCCACACCACCCACCGGCCCUCGCCCCCCUCCAUACCCCAAACUUCUAGCCGUCCGCUCUCACUUCCCAUAACAUCCCGAACUCGUGCUCAGGCCCCUCCCAGCGAACAGACCCCAGCAGCCAUCUUACCCCUCCGUGAGGUGGCAGGACCUGAAGGCCUGGUUCGCGUUCACCUCCCCUUCUCCUUCCAAGACUUAUCCGCCAUCGAAAAGUGACUAGAGUCAUUCUCGGCAGACCCCAGCCAAUACAUUAAGGAAUUCCAAUACCUCGCCCAAGCCUACAGUUUCACAUGGCAUGACAUCCAUGUGAUCCUCACCUCUACCCUCACCCCUGAGGAGAGGGAGCACAUCCAGGCCGCAGCCAGGGAACAUGCAGACCAAACCCACAUGACCAACCCCACUAUGCCUGUAGGAGCCAAUGCUGUCCCGGUGGCCGAUCCUAAUUGGAACUACAAACAUGCAGGCAAUGGCCACUGGUGCCAGGACCAGAUGAUCCAAUGCCUACUAGCAGGCAUGAGGGCAACCUCAAACAAAUCAGUAAAUUUUAACAAACUUCAAGAAGUAAUACAAGGCCCCCAUGAAAACCCCACAGUCUUCCUUAGCCGGCUUACAGACACACUUACCCAAUAUACCAGACUAGACCCUACCACCCCCGCCAGGGCCACGGUAUUGGCCACCUAUUUUAUUUCCCAAUCAGCCCCUGAUAUUUGAAAAAAACUAAAAAGGGCCAAAGACAGCCCUCAAACCCCUAUGGCUGACCUGGUAAAGACGGCUUUUACAGUUUUUAAUGGCUGAGAGGAAGCUCAAGAACAACAGCGACAGGCCCGUCUCCAACAAAAAGUACAAUUACAAACCCAAGCCUUGGUAGCUGCCCUGAGGCCAGCCACAGUAAAGCCCUCUGGACCACGUUCCUCUCCGGGGCCUUGUUUUAAACGUGGCCAAGAAGGCCAUUGGUCUCAUCAGUGUCCCCAUCCCAAAAAGCCUACCAGUCCAUGCCCAUUGUGCCAGCAAAUGGGCCACUGGAAAUCCGAUUGUCCUAACCCAAGGGACGAUAGACUCGCAAUGCCUCCAUGUGGUGAGGCUUCACCCGGAUUGGACUCUGCCUUCCAACUGCUGGAGAUGGAAGAUGACAACUGACGAGGCCCAGACUCAGUAACUCUGGUGACCCACCCUGAGCCCAGGGUAAAACUCCAGGGUGGAUAGAAGUCUUCCCCACCUCAUCUGAAGGGGCCUCCACAGUGGCUGAGAUCUUACUCAAGGACACGAUUCCCCGCUUUGGUCUACCAAGAAGGAUACAGUCUGACAACGGGCCUGCUUUCAUCUCAGCAGUCACCCAACAAGUCUCCAAAGCUUUGGGUAUUACUUGGAAACUCCACAUACCAUACCACCCCCAGUCCUUGGGUAAGGAUGAAAGGGUGAAUGGUCUCAUAAAAGACCAUCUCACUAAACUCUCCAUAGAGACUCAGCUUUCUUGGCCUCAACUGCUACCUAUAGCACUCACCUGACUCUGAGCCGCUCCCCGAGGACCCACAGGCCUCAGCCAAUUUGAACUCCUAUAUGGGCGACCCUUCCUGUUACCCCAACCCCUACCAAAAGAUCCUCCUCCUUUAGCUGCCUAUCUCCCUUACCUCAGCCUGCUCUGACACCUGAUUCGACAGUACGAUGACCUCACUCUACCAGCUCCCAUCGAUCUCUCCUCUCCCUCACUAUCUGUAAACCCAGGAGACUCAGUGCUCCUUCAAGUAAGACAAAAACCAACCCUUGCCCCCCCGUGGGAGGGGCCCUACACAGUCAUAAAACCCCCAUGGCUACUAAAUUAUUGGGCCACACCCCGUGGGUUCACACCUCCGACCUCAAACGGGCCCCCCCUUUACCCCCUAUACCAGAAGAGUCAUGGACCUCCCAACCAACAGUCCCCCUCACCCUCAAACUAACCCGACAGGCCCCUUCAUGACGGAUCCUUCCCCUCGGUUUUCCACCUUCACACUCACAAUAUUACAUGAGCUACAACUCUCCCACUCAUCCGACCCCAUUACCCUCCCCUUUUUUCUCUCCUGGGUCUCUGACUGUUGGCUUCAGGGAACUCUCUCCGAUUUCUCCCCCAUCAAAAUCUCCUUCUUUACCUUUUUACUAACCAUACUUAUAUAUCAUGAUGAUACUUCCCUUGUUACUCCUUGUUAACAUCAUCCCACUUAUGCCCUCACAACCCUCCUAUAGGUGGGUUUUUUACCUAUCCGAAACUUUUAAUGGACACACCUCUAUCAUAUCCUCUAUCCUUUGCCCCAUUGUUGGGUGCCAAAAUCAAGUCACCUUUAAAUUCCCCUCUUUCAACACCCUCCAAGCCUCUAUGUGCAUUACUCCCGCCAUCUGCUUUUUAUAUGACCAAACUGACAAAAUAUGCUCCCAAACCUCCCCCAACCAAUAUGGAGGGUGUCCCUAUCACUAUUAUAACAUACACUGGCUCAAGCUAUACUGCUUCACAGGACCAAGGACGGGCCACUUCUGCUUAAAAAAUGGCAACUUUACCCUUACUGUCCCUGAUCCAUGGGAUACCCGCUGGCAAACCGGAAUAAAGGGCAAACUGUAUCAGAACAGCCAUUUCUCUAACCCCAUCUCCUCUUUAACCAUCUUUCGAACCAAUGAGCCCUCUAUGUCUCCUUCCCUCUCCAACCUUAAAGAUGUUACCCAAGUAAUGAUGGACCAAGAAGACCAACUCAACACACAACUACAGACACCCCCUGCACAACAUCCCUUCUCAUGGCUUACAUUAAUCAGACAAGGAGCGAUCCUGCUUAACCACUCAGGCUUAACCAACCUGUCACACUGCUUUCUUUGUGCAUCCCUUCAGCCGGAUCCAGUAAUAGCUGUCCCUUUACCCACCCCCUUUCCCAACACCACUAACUCCAUCAACCAACUCAGAAGUCAAAUCUCCCUACAGAUUCCCAUCCUCACUGAGACCCCUCAAAGCAACAUGUCUCACCCAAUAUACUACUCCUCUCAUGCCUCCCCAACUUGCCCCUCCCCCCUGCCUAUGCCUAGCCACGACCCUCCCCCAGGGGGAUUUUAUUGGUGUAAUGGCACAGCUUAUAAACAAAUGCCCAAAAAUGCUUUUUUUUCUGUCUCCCAGUCACCAUUAUCCCCCAACUCACCCUACACGGACAGGAAGAACUCCAUCAACUCCUCGAAUUCUGUCUCCAAAAACGAGCUGUUUUCCUCCCACUAAUGGUCAGACUAUCCCUAGCCACGUCCCUAUUGGCCACUGGGGUUGGGACCGGCUCCCUUGCACACUCCAUUACCUCCUCCAGGGACCUGUCAGACAGGUUCCAAAUCGCAAUAGAAGCCUCAGCAACCUCCCUAUCUGUCUUACAAAGGCAGAUCAACUCCCUAGCACAGGUCACUCUACAAAACUGAUGAGCCCUAGAUCUCCUAACAACAGAAAAAGGGGGAACAUGCUUGUUCCUGAGGGAAGAAUGUUGCUACUACCUCAAUGAAUCAGGCUUAGUUGAAACCAAUAUAGAACACCUAAAGGAAAUCCAAAAAACUCUAUCCACCUGCCCAGGAUCCUCAGGACCCCUAACCUCCUGGUGGCAAUCACCCCUCUUAACUUGGCUCCUCACCAUAGUCACCCCACUAGUUGCUAUCUGUAUAAUACUUAUGCUCUUACUUUGUUUUCUCUGUUUCGUACGGAAACAAAUUCAUUAAGUUUCCCAGGUCGCAUUUAUCAGAUGGUGGUCCAGCCCUAUUCCCGCAUUCCAACCUCAGACCCCACAUACUAUGGCGUCGCCCUUACACCUGCAGGAAGCAGCCAGAUCAGAUCCGUUGCACAUUAUCACCAAUAAGAGGUUGGAAUGUUAGGAUGUCCCUGUAAGGGGAUGGCCCUCUCGCCAGCGCGCAGGAAGAAACUGAAGGGCAACCAAUCACUGAGCGCCAGCACAAUCCAAUGGAAAGCCCCGAGAGGCUCUCCAGAAGAACUGAAGAUCAACCAAUUACCGAGCAAGAGCACAACAUGGCAGGAGAGAAAGACCCACCCGAGCUUAAACCCGGAACUGCUACAGCUUAAAAACCCUACCCCACCAUACCCAGGCAUGACUUCCCUGACUCCCUCCUUGAGUCACAGAACCUCGCCCGGAACCUUAGUUCCCAAAAAAGUCUUAAACUACAAAAAUUCUUUUUGACUCUAACUCCUAUCUUUACCCUGCACAACACCUGACACUAACAUAUAUUAUAAUAUUCAGGUUUAAACAAAUUUAAAUAUGAAUAACUGACACAAUUUACUUUUAAAAAUCUAUAAGUGAUGUUAGUUUUGAUAUAAUCUUGCCUAGGUGUAAAUAUAGUUUUCUUCUAAGUGUGUGACACAAUGGGAAAAGGAUAGUUUUUGGAGUCAGGCAUAUCUGUGUUUACAUCCAGAUUGUGACCUGUACCAAGUGUGGUACCUAAUGAAAGUAACUUAAACUUGGUGGGGAAACUAAUACAUAUUUUACAAGGCUAGUUUAUAAUUUGAAUUUAAACAAGAUAGUGUGUUACAAGUACCUGCCAUUGCAUUUGUAUGGAGUAUACUAGGUAGUAAAUAAGCAGGAACUAUUUUUUGUGUUGUUGUUGUGAGGACUUCAUAAAACUUUGAAAUGCAGUUAAAAGUGAAGUCCUAGAUUAAAUGGAGUUAGAAGUACUCAGAAGAUGGCAGUGUAUGAGGACGCUGAGCUCACCGCGUCCUGCGGAUCACUUAGAUUCCACCCACAACUGCCUAAAUAACCCAGAAAAUUGCCAGAAGAUUAGAAGAACAGAUUCUCUAGAGCCAAGCAUACACAAGAGGUCCACAGAAGAGGGUAGGAAGGGCGGAGAGGCAGUGCACACUACAGGAAAUGGAGGGAGGGAGCGGGGUCGGAGGGGCGGCCCGCCAGCAAAGCAAAACCCCUGAGUCUAGCUUGCAAAAGCAGAGGGGCCGGACAAAGUGUGUUCUGACAGCAAGCGGGACUUAACACCUGGAAGGUUAUAAGUUAACAGCUCUGCUCGGAGAGCGGUAGGGCUGGAGGACAA